UGAACUAAACCCAGUCUCCUGGGCUUUUUUUUUUAUCUUUCUUAAGUAAAAUACUGAGAACCUGGUAAGGAAAAUUCAACUGAAGAAAAAACCUAGAGCUGACAUUUUCUUCUUUAUCUCCCACCUGCACUUAUAAUGUUCUGCCUUCUAUAACAUUAAUUUUCGAGAGCCUUGUUCAACUUCCUGUGUCUGGAAGGUCAUUUGACUCAUUGAAGAGUUGACAGGAUCAUACACUUGUGUGGGAGAGAAGGGGAUUUUAUACUCCAAUGAAACACCCAAGUUUUGAAAUGCUAAGAAAUCUGGAUGACUUCUUGCUGAAUAGAAAUUAUUUCUGAAGGUCUACUCUUGGUGCGUUGAAACAGGACAAUUUGAGGCGGACUCUGAGAAAAUGUUGGAUUCAAUCAAGUGUGUCCUGGUUGGAGACUCUGCAGUGGGGAAAACAUCACUCUUGGUACGUUUCACCUCUGAGACUUUUCCAGAUGCUUACCGGCCCACCGUGUAUGAAAACACAGGGGUGGAUGUCUUCAUGGAUGGUGUGCAAAUUAGUCUUGGCCUUUGGGAUACAUCAGGCAGUGAAGCCUUCAAAGGUAUCCGUCCCCUCUCCUAUCAACAGGCUGAUGUAGUACUAAUGUGCUAUUCAGUGGCGAACCACAAUUCCUUUUUAAACCUGAGGAGUAAGUGGAUGUCUGAGAUCAGGAACCAUUUGCCCCGAAUCCCUGUUUUAGUGGUGGCCACUCAGACUGACCAGCGAGAAACAGGACCCUAUCGUUCAUCCUGCAUCAGCCCACUAGAUGGGAAGCGGCUGGCCCGGGAGGUCAAAGCCAAAGGCUACUUGGAAUGCUCUGCCCUCAGCAACAGAGGAGUGCAGCAGGUAUUUGAGCAUGCAGUCCGGACUGCAGUGAAUCAAGCCAAGAAACAGAAUAGGAGGAAGCUCUUUUCUAUUAAUGAGUGCAAGAUCUUUUAAGUUCUUUCAGUUGCCUUUUGGCCACAUCACUUCUUUCCUUACACAGAGGUAUACCAGCUCAGAAAAUGGAAGGUGAGAUGGCCUCUGAGAGAGAACCACAAUGCUGGUGUUUUUGAUGAGCCACUUAUACUUUCAAUCUGACCUACUUUUUUUCCCUUUCCAUGGAUGAUACCUUCAAAACUGAAAAGUGCAGCUAAAUUUCCUUUCUGCACCAAACUGCAACAGAACUCUUGUUACCAUAGGCUGUUUGGUCAAAAAGUACUGGAAUGAGCCUGAAAUGGAGAAGCUGGGAUCAUGUCCAUCAUCUUUAUUUUUUUAAUUGUAGUUGUUGGUUUAUUUGUCCCCAUUUAUUUAACAAUAGAAGACUUUUUGUUUGGACUGAAAAUCCUGCUGACAGAUUUUCCAUAUGGAGUCUUUGAUUCUAAAAAUGUUGUAUAUAAAGUCUAACCAUUGUAUAGUUUAUUUAAAAAGACUUGUACAUUUUGUUUUAAACCUUUCUAAUACAGAGUGUUGGCAUAUUUUCUUCUUCUAGCUAGCCACAAAUACAACUGGGCAUAUCUGUAAAAUAAUGUUCUAGGGCCAAACUCUACAGUUGUCACCCAGGCAAAACUGGGAGAUAGUAAUAGCUGGGAACUGGAAUGCUCAGGGGAUCAUUAAUGGAACAGAACCUUUCACCUUUGCUACUUCAAAUCUAGCCUGCCCAGCCCAGGAGUGACCAAAAGCUAUUGGCAUUUGAUAGCUAGCUUAUGUCAAAUUUAUUUUGUGGUCUCAGUCUAACUCCCAGAAGACUAGCAACUGUUUCAACAAGAAGGACAAGGACUAGAUGGGCCUGAGGAAACUGACCUGCUCUCUCAUCCCCAAAAGGGCACUGGUUUCAGACCUGGUAUAAGGACAUUCAUACUGUCUUUACAUGUGCUGCCCUUCUUCUGUUGGCAGAAGAUUUUGGUCUUCAGAGAUGAGCUAUUUUUAUGAGCACUAAAAUUC